CCACCAAACAGUGUCGGAUGAAGUCGGCUUCACAGUGUUUACAAGCUAAAGCCAAGCACAUUCGCGGAAUUUCAUUAUCUUGAUAAAUAUAUCCAAUGCUACCACGAUGAAGUCCAAAACUAGGAUAAUACAAAUAUCCAACAUAGCCCCACAGGCUACAAAGGAUCAGAUGUCGACCUUGUUUGGAUUUUUAGGAAAAAUUGAAGACAUUCGCCUCUACCCAACCAUCCGUGAUGUUGCCAUUCCAGUCCAGUCACGUAUCUGUUUCAUCAAAUUCCAUGACCGGGAUUCGGUUAGCGUUGCCCAGCACCUCACCAACACAGUCUUCAUCGACAGAGCUCUUAUUGUCAUUCCAUUCACCACUGGUGACAUGCCGGAUGAACAACGGGCAAUGGAAAUUUUGGGCACAGGUGGCACCAUACCAGGCAUUGGACAGGAAGCAAAGUGGCCAGCUCAUGUUACCAACCAGAUUGAUGGUAUUAUUUUGAGGACUCAUGACCCAGCAUUGGCAGAGAAUGACCUCCCAGAUUACCCUCCACUGCCAGCAACAACUGAAUCUCACAAGAUUAACGAGAUUCGACGUACUGUUGUGUUUGACAACCUUGACCCCACGGUCACUACUGAUCAGCUGAUGGAGUUAGCUGCUAAAGCUGGAGAAGUGAGGUAUCUGCGUUUGGGCACAGAGAUGAACGGCGCAAGAAAUGCCCUGGUUGAGUAUUCUGAGCAACCCUUCAUUAUUGCAGCAUUGAAGAUGCACAAUCAAGAGCACAUGAACCGUCUCAUUAAGGUCAACCAUUCCACUGUAGCCAUUAUAAAACCGCAAACAAAAAGCAACGAAGCAGCUCAGCGCGAGAUUGAAGAAGCAAUGAGAAGAGUCAAAGAGGCACAGAACUUCAUAGCCUCGGCAAUAGAUCCUGUAAUGUCCUUCUUGGAUUCCUCGAAGGAAAAAAGAUCGCGGUCAAGAUCAAGGACACGCUCUCGCUCCAGACGCAGGUCAAGGUCCCGCUCCAGACGCUCAAGAUCUCGAAGGAGAACAAGGUCACACUCACCGCGGAGGUCACGUUCCAGGACCCAUCCAGUGUAUCUUACCUUGCUGACCGACAUGGGCGCUCUAGAAGCCGCAGCCGCAGAAAGAGAUCGCGAUCAAGGUCUCGCAGAAGUCCAGAUCCAGGUCUCCAUCACGAAGGAAGUCAAGUCCAAGUCCCGUUCAAAGAGGUCAAGGUCCAAGUCGAAGUCUACAGCUUCAUCCUCAAGGAGAGACAAGGCUCGAGCAGCAGCAGCCAAUAAGGAGGCAAAGAAGGAGGAAGCUAAGGCAGAAGAAAGCUCCAAAGAAAAGGAGAAGGACAAAGAUAAGAAGAAAGAGUCCAAGUCUCGCCGCUCCCGCUCCCGCUCCAGGUCACGUGACCGCAAAAGCAGACGAAGCAGGUCACGCUCCCGCAGUAGAGAAGGUCUAGACCCGUUCCAGGUCAGAAGCCGCACCAGAUCAAAGCGCUCUCACAGGUCACGGUCACGCCGCAAGUCCCGCAGCAAGUCCAGGUCACGCAGAGACCGCUCAAGAGACAGACGCAGGUCUCGCUCCCAUGAUCGAUCCAAGAGGAGAUCCAGGUCUUCGUCAAGGUCAAAGACGGGGAAAGUGAAAGACAAGGAUUCAAGCAAAAAGAAGGACUCACGCCGAGACAGAAGCCGCAGCCGCGACCGCAAGGAUAAGGAGAAGGACAAGGACAGGAUGAAAGAGAAGGAGAAGAAGGAUAAAAAGAAGGACAAGAAAGAGAAGGAUGAGAAGAAGAAAGAUUCAAAGGUAUCUCGCGAUUAUGACGAAGAGGAGCAACUGGGCUUCGAAGGAGAGGAAGAGAAGGGGAAGAAGAAGGAGAAGGAGGAGGAGGACACCAAGGACAAAGGAGAAGCAGUUGACAUGGAUAUUUCCAACUCCCCCUGAAUGGAAAGGAAAAGGAUUAGUGGCUCAGAUAUGCACACCGAUUGAGACGGGAUGUCGAGAGGAAUAGACAGGGGAGUAGGAGAGUAGGGGUAGGUUGGUUGAUUUUGACUGGGACAUCUAUAACUCCCUUUGAGUGGAAAGUAGAAGCAAAUGGAGUAGUAGCACAGAUAUACACGCUGAUCAAAAUGGGAUGUGGGAGGAGUUGAUG